GCCCGCUCUUAUGGAGCCGUGGUCAUGUGAUUUGCCAUCAGAAGUUGGAGUUGCGAUACCUGAAGUCUUAUCAAUUUGAUAUUUAAUGCGAAAAAGGCUGUUCGCCACUAUCAGUCCCCAGUCUAUGUGAAACUGCCUUCUAUCUUCAUUACUUAGGCCGAGUUCUAAGCUGCCAGUCUGUGGAGGAACCAGCGAUGGCGUGGACUUGUUGAAUUGCAUACUAUUCACAACAUAUUAUUUGGGAUUUAUAUAUAUUUCAAAAUAGAAUAUUUCUGCAACACCAGAAAUGAUGGAUCAGAACGUGACCGGAAACUACACUGUGACAACCGUUACACAUUCCAUCAACACGCACAGAGAACAGAGACUCCGUCUGUCACAGGCUGAAGCCGACUGUUUUGAUAUAAUAGACAACAAUGAGACUUACCGAAACCCUACCGGAGGUCUAUUCUGUGAUAAAACUUGGGAUGACGUUAUGUGCUGGAAUGCCACUCCCGCCGGAACUGUCGCACAACAGCGGUGUGCCAACUACAUCGACGGGUUCAUGAAGUCGGCAUAUGCCAGCAGAUAUUGUACAGAAAAUGGAACAUGGUUUAUCAACCCAAAGACAAACCAGACGUGGUCGGAUUACACACCGUGCGUCCCUCUAAAAGGGCUGACUACAAUUGGCGAGCACCUGCCUAGGAUCCGACUUAUGUACAACAUUGGUUAUGGUGUUUCUCUGUGCUCCCUGGUCAUAGCUGUCUUUAUAAUGCUGUGUUGCAGACGACUGAACUCCAAGAGCAAUACCCUCCACAUCAACCUGUUCCUUGCCUUCAUUUUCCGUGCCUUUAUGUCGUUUCUGAAGGACAGCUUAUUUGUGGAAGGGCUUGGAUUGGAGAAGGACAUCAUCCGGGGAGAGGAAGGCAUUAUGUUCAGGAGUGAUGGAAUGCACUGGGAGUGUAAACUGCUGUUCACACUGUUUGUGUACGGGGUGCUGGCUAGUAGUAUGUGGAUCUUCAUGGAGGCUUUGUAUUUACAUGUCCUUGUGUACAGGACUCUCUUCACGGAACGACACGGCGUCAAAAUGUACAUCGUCCUCGGCUGGAUACUUCCAGUGGUCUUUCUCAUACCGUGGGUCAUCGUACGAAUCAACUUCGAAGACUUACUAUGCUGGAAUACCAGUCCUACAAAGGAGUUUAUGUGGAUAAUCACCGGCCCAGUUAUCCUCACGACUGUGAUUAAUUUCAUUUUCUUCAUAAACAUAGUGCGGGUUUUAUUUACUCGAGUAAGGACUAAUAGAAACGUAUCUGGAGCGCGGAAAAUAAGAAAACUUGCCAAGUUCAUUGGAGUGCUGAUCCCACUGUUCGGAGUGUGUUACAUAGUGUUUGCCGUCCUGUUUAGAGUAGAACUGGAUGAAGACCUAGAUAUACCGUAUUUAUAUGGCGAAAUGUUCUAUAACUCCUUCCAGGGAUUUAUUUUAGCUAUACUGUUUUGCUUUCUGAACGAAGAGGUUCAUCUCGAGCUCCAGCGGUUCUGGCACAGGUAUGCACUCGGACGCCAUGACAGUUAUAUUUACACGAGAACCGCUUUCAUGUCAUCCUGGCGACAUGGAUCUCAAGUAUCGCGUAUUCCCUCUAAUAAUGGUCAAACCAGUGACACUUCGGUCAAUGGCCGGCUGUUGUGGUCAUCACGAAAAAGCAGUAACUACAACGCAGCCAAAAAGGGACCUAAAAACUAUAAUACAAGAACGUCAUGGAAACGAGACAAUACUUUGGACUCAAACGGAUCCUUGAGAACCCGACCCGGAGAGACGGAUAGUAAAACUAGCUACUUAGGACUACCACAGAGAGAAUCGAGCAGGCAGGAGUUCAUUGAAAUGAGGUGAAAGGAUAUUCGUGGGGCCCUACGGAUAAAUAUGUGUGUAGCCAAACAGCAUAUAUGGACAUCCAUCGCCUGCUGUUAAAUUGAACCGUAAUUAGAUGAUCGUGCAGUGCUAACAUCGCCGGAUCUUUAGCAUGCGUACUACUUUAACGAAGAUAUAAAUAUAUUGACAUGCAUGUAUUUCCGUAAUGUUCAAAUUAAUCGGGAACUGAACUAAAACAGGAUAGCUGCCUGUCAAUUAACUUCAUAUGGUAAACGUAAUAUUGUGAUAAAUGUGUACAUUUCCAAUCACAAGGUUGGUACAGCAAUAUCGCUUCCUCAUUGGACAUCUACAUUUCAACGAACUCAUACUGCUUGGGUAAUUUAUCAUCAUCCCAAUGUCUUACAUGAUAAGUAGGGGGAGGCAAGCAGCCAGUUGUGUGUUUUUGACUAAUGACUGGAAUUAAGACGUUAUCUAUUUCUAAGUAGGAUAUAAUUGAAAUACACGGAAUCUGGUAUGAGUUGCGUAAGUAGCUAUGCUGUAGAAAAAAAUACAAAUUAACUAUUGUGAUUAUGUGAGAACUGCGUUGCGCCAUUGAUAUAUUAAGUAUGGUUGGAUGAGAAUAAAUUGAACUGAUUAUUAAACAAUAGUACAAUAGAACAAUAACUUUUGUUCGCUUCUGUAAGACGGCUGUGUCAACAUCUGACUGGCAUUAGAAUGAUAUCAUUUAUGUAUGUGUAAUUUGUAUCAUAUAUAUUAUUAUGUAAAUGAACGUUUGUUUAUCUAA